CUCACAGAGCGUUGAUCUCAGUCAAUCGAUAUUCCUCCCGAUAUUCAGUUUAAAUCGAAUUUCCGAUAUAAUCAUAAUGGCCAGCAAACGACUGGGCAGCAUGGCGUCCUCCGCUAGUGUGAUGCAAUCGACGGCAUCGAUCUCCAGCAAGGUCAAAAAAUCGAAAAGGGCGAGGCUGCCGACCUUUGACCUUUCGCUGAGUCAGAAGGUGGACAUUAAGAAGGCCUUCGAUUUGUUCGAUACCCAGUGCACGGGCUUUAUCGAGACCAAGGAGCUACGCGUGGCCAUUCGCGCCUUGGGAUUCGAGCCGAAAAAGGAGGAGAUCAAGCGCAUGAUGGAUGAAAUCGAUAAGGACAAGACGGGAAGGAUUGCCUUUAACGAUUUCCUAUAUCUGAUGCGUCAGAAAAUGGCCGAAAAGGACUCCAAUCAGGAUAUGAUGAAGGCCUUCUCCUUUUUCGAUGACGAUCGCACUGGUAGUAUCUCCUUUGCCAACCUAAAACGCGUGGCCAAAGAGCUGGGCGAACAACUUACCGACGAGGAACUGCAGGAGAUGAUCGACGAGGCCGACAUAAAUGGAGAUGGCGAGGUUAGCAAGGAGGAGUUUCUCAAUCUCAUCAAGAAAACCAAUUUGAUAUAAUCGCUUUUCGUUUAAAUUGAACCCUAAAAACAGGGAAACGACGUUGUUUUUAUCCCAUAUAGAUUUACUCAUUUCAGGCAGACACAAACGCACUUCUAACAUCAUACUGACCCGCACACUUAGUAGAGUAUCUUGAAGAAGUUUGGAUAUGCUUCGGUUUAAUAAAGCAACGCACUGCAAAUGCA